AUGCGCGCGGGUUCGGAGCCCCAGCGGCCGCCGUGUUCAUCCUCGGGGGAUCGUGUCGGGGCCUGUGUCGCGGUGUGUGCCCAGGGCUCCAGCCAGUGCCCAGCCCCGCUGGGAGCCCCGGCCAGCACCACGGACGGCACCCAGGAAGCCCGAGUUCCCCUGGACGGGGCCUUCUGGAUCCCGAGGCCCCCGGCGGGGUCGCCCAAGGGCUGCUUCGCCUGCGUGUCCAAGCCCCCCGCCCUGCAGGCUCCAGUGGCCCCCGGGCCUGAGCCCUCAGCCUCACCCCCCAUGGCACCCACCCUGUUCCCCAUGGAGUCUAAGAGCAGCAGGACAGACAGCGUGCGGGCCACCAGCGCCCCCCAGGCCUGCAAGCACCUAGCAGAGAAGAAGACCGUGACGAACCCCACGGCGGUCAUCGAGGUCUAUCCCGACACCGCGGAGGUGAACGACUACUACCUGUGGUCCAUCUUCAACUUCGUCUACCUCAACUUCUGCUGCCUGGGUUUCAUCGCCCUGGCCUACUCCCUCAAAGUUCGGGACAAGAAACUUCUCAACGACCUGAACGGGGCAGUGGAGGACGCCAAGACUGCUCGGCUGUUCAACAUCACCAGCUCUGCCCUGGCGGCCUCCUGCAUCAUCCUCGUCUUCAUCUUCCUGCGGUACCCGCUCACCGACUACUGA